GAUAAUUUCAUUCAACGAAAAGGUAUAAUACCACUCGUGUUUGUCAUUCUGAUCUGGGUAUAUAUCGUUUUUGUCUGGAGAAUAUGUGCUGAUGCUAUUCGACAAGAACAAAGAGCGACAGCCACCCGCUCAGAAGGGAUAGGGUUUUUGGUUGGUUUUCACAUUCUAUGGCUUUUGACGAUAUGGUCAUACAUUAAAGUUGUCAUCACUGGUCCCGGCUACGUGCGAAAUCACGUUGAGAUCUGUGAUCAACCUCCUGCCGACGGAGACGAAUCAUUAUAUCGAUUCAUUCAAGAUCAGGAAGCUUCAGCACAACAAACAAUCACAAAGGGUAAUUCUACUACAGAUGAUCCAAAUGCUACCAAUGAAGAGCCAAUCAAUCCGGCAUUGCCUGCUGCAAUCGGGCCCGCUGGGGCAGGUCUUUUGGCGAAGACUAAUGAAGCACAAAAGGUUGCUGGAUCAGGUUGGGCUGGACCGAAGAAUGGUGCUGUACCAAGCCAACCAGCUCUCCCUGCACCUCUUCGAGUACCGCAAAAAGCAUACCCUUUACGACUUUCGAAUACGUACUGCUAUCGAUGCAGAAGGCACAAACCGCCAAGAGCACAUCAUUGUAGACAUUGCGGCACAUGCGUUUUAAAGAUGGACCAUCAUUGUCCUUGGGUUGGAGGAUGCGUCGGAGCACGAAAUCAUAAAUUCUUUUACAAUUUUUUGCAAUGGGUUACCGUUUUGGAAUAUUACGUUCUGAUUAUCAACGCGCUUUUGUUCAGCAGAGGGAUUCAAAGAAGAAGUCGAGAAGGUUGGCCAAUCGAUGGAUAUAUGAUCAGCCUUUUUCCUAUUUGUGCGAUGUUUAUCCUCUUUACAACCGCAUUGAUCGUUACGCAUACCUACUUGUUUAUUGUCAAUCUGAGCACGAUUGAGCAUAUGGGUUAUGAACGACAAAAGACAAGAGAAGAUAUCCUUCUUGAUCGAUGGGUGGUGGAUUCAGCGGAACACGAAGGAAGACCAAAGCCGGAUUGGUUCGCUCAAAUUCGAGCAAGGAAUGCAAUGAAGGCCAAAUGGGCCGAGCAAUGGGGUAAACCUAAAACAGAAGCAAACCUGUUUUGGCUAGAUGUUGGACCGAAUUGGCGGGAAGCGAUGGGAGAUAAUGUGUUUGGCUGGUUCUUACCUAUCGGUCGCGGAAGGAACGCAAACGGGCUUGCUUAUGAAGCCAAUUGGCGUUUCGGUCCUCAAGGUGAAUGGACGUUACGCAGAGAAUGGCCGAAACGGCUACAG